AUGGCUGGGGAAGCACGCUGCAGGAAGGUUGAACAUCGUCUCCGUCAAUGGCUCGACAGGUUCGGGCAUCAGGGCCGCGAGCUUACCAGCGUGCACAAGAAAUGCGCAAGGCAACACGACCAUUGGAGCUGCGGACUCUUCACGGCGACGUUUCUGCAGGCCAUCCUGUCCAACAACCCUGUUCCCGACAAGCUCGGCGUCCAAGCCAAGCAGACCGAGUUCCUCAGCCUCGUCCGAGGCUGCAUACCCGACAGUCCCGGCCUGUCACUCGAAGAGACCUUGGCCCUCAAGGGACUCGCAAAGGGAAAGGCAAGGGACGAACCGACCUCUUCCUCCUACACAUUCAACGACAGGCUCGCGUCCAUCAGCAUGGCCAAGCUCAACCAAGCCUUGGCUUCUGCAAAGACGCGGCUUGAACGGGUAACUGCGGCGGAGCGAGAGGCAAUGGAGACACUUGUCGCCAUCGAAACAAGGCUAGCAGCGCAAGCAAGUCUCGAUACUCAAAAGACAGAUCUGCAGCAAAAGAUCGCAUCUGAGCUCUUGAAGAACCAGGAACCACUGACCCCGUCUCGGACCCAGACCCUGUCAGAGCAGCUCGUAGACCAUCACAACCGCCGUCAAUCGCAAGACCAGGCACUCCGAUACGAAGGAACACUGUGCGGCGUAGACUGGCUCGCGAAGCACCUCAACAUCGGCGACUCUACUCUGCAAGAUCAGAAGGUGGCCGAGGAUGCUCUGUCCAAUGCGAAGCAAGAGCUGCUAGCUGCUGGCGAACACGUUGUCAGCUGUCAGAAUGCCAUCGACGCAAAGUCCAAUCACGACACUCUUAUUCAGAUUCAGGCUGUGCUUGAGGGGUUGAUGUUGAAGCAUCAGGAGUGGGAGGCUGUUGGGAGGCAGGGCAGGGUGCAUCUUGCUGAGAUAGAGACAGACAUGGGCAUGGAGGGAGGGAAUGAAGACGGAUCUGUCUGCUGUGCUGUGUUUUAUGUGUUGAUAUGUCUGAGUUGA